UUGCAAGAGUCAUAGUGUCCACCAGGAAGUGAAAAGGUUUACAAUCUUUGAUUUUGUUAAAAAAAAAAGGUAUACCAGUUUGUUUUGGAUUAUGACUAACACGUCAUAACCGGAGUAUACAUCGUUGUUGAUUUGCCCUUCUCAACAUGUAUAGCGGACUUUUACCGAGAGGUCUGACCGAUGCAGAAAUUAGUUCAGAUGAAAAAGACGACCAAGGUGUUGCAAAUCAAGAAAUAGACGCAGCUAACGUUCAACGUCCUGCAGUUGGACUUUCGUGUGGUCUUAAGCAAAAUUGUGUUACACUUGGAGACACAAGUUAUUCUUGUAUCCAGCCCUUCAUAGAAAAUUACCUGUGUUUGGACUCCUUACCCGGGAUUUCCGAGGAGAAUUGGCAAGAAUGUCAAGUGUUGCACCACCUUUCAAAAAAAUUUAAAGAGCAACAGAAGAAAAAAUGUGAGAUCAACACAAUGAAGCUCCCCAAAAAAAGACAGCAGAGAAAAGGACGAUAUAAGAAAGAUGAAAAAUCAGCAACUAAGAACAUGGUAUCAAACAAUGAAAGCAGAGUACCUCAAGCGGAGCAUGAAAGGCAUCGGGAUGGGCUUACGCAGUACUUUGGCAUCAAUGAUAGAUUUCAACCCUCUGCCUGUAGCAAGCCUGCUCCCAAGUCCAGCCUAGAAAAGAGCAUAGAGAGCGCCAUCGCUGAAGGGGACUUUGGGAAGGCGGAGGAGAUGAGCGACAGACUCGCCACUCGAGAGCAACCCACAAUCUAAGUGCCGUCAUUGCUUCAUGGUCAGGGUGAGACAAAAUGGGAACCGGAGGCACUCAUGAGAAGCCACCCUGACAUAUCAGUUGGAAGAGCUCUGCUUGCCAGAGAGACUGAUUUACAUCAUCUAAUGGGUCUUCUCUUUCAAUAGUUGGCUGUGAAAAUCGCGCAAGCCACCGAUUGCCGUGACUUUGUGCAAAGCAAACAGGAAGUGGAGGCUUCGCGGGCAGCCCAGAAAAGGAAGAAACAAAUUGCUUGGGGGUUUGUCUUUUUUACUCUCCUCCCCACAAUUAUCUCCCUAAUUUACAUUAAAUCGCAGUUUGUUAGCGACAUACAUUUGUUAUGCGUAUUUGGCUAGCUUGCCAGAUUCUUUCUUACUUAUUUCAUGCACAGGUAUAAAUACAUGCUAGGGUUUGACUAUACAGAGAAAGUGUGUACUGUAGCCAUCACUUAACAUUAGACGGGCACUUUUGAACUGUCACAGUGGAUGUCAUGGUAAGAGUAUGUGUAUAAUGUGUUAUGCUAAUGUCUAUGAACAAGCUCUCAAGAACAUGGAAAUAUGUUUCAUUCAUAUUCAUUUUUGUCGUUAUAAUUUCUGUAAUACAUUUUGCAAAGAACUUUUGCUAAAUCAGUAUUUUAACAUCAAUUCAGGUUUGAAGCCAAGCAAAGAUGGGAAACCAAAAGCAACAUGGGCUAUAUGUGACUUUUGUCUUCACUGAAGAGAAAGAAAAUGAAGAUUUGUGUAUUUUCUCAGUUAACACAAACGUCAUUAAAUUAACAUUUUUGCUUAUGCAUAUAAUUUUUUCUUCACGUUUGUACCAUCAUGUUUGUGAAAUUGUCAAGAUACUGUACACAACUAACAAUAAAACAUCUAAUCUGUAAAAAAACAAUGAAUUUAUGGAAUAUUCAAAUAAAUUCUGAGCACUC